UUUUUUUUUUGCUGCUCAUUUCCGCGGGAGCCGCCAUCUUGUCGGCGGUUGGGCCCGAGCGGCGUCGCUCCGCGUUCAAGCUGGAAGGCUUCUUCUUCAGCCCGUCUUACUCGCGCGGCCUAGUCGCCCGCCCUUUCGGCGCCGGCGACCAACUCUUCUUCGCUGGGGCCGCCAUGGCCAACAACUGCCCGCUGGUGGGGCCCGGCAACUGCCACCCGCUGCCGCCUCACCAGUCGCCUCAGCAGCAGCAACAAAACCCGGGGAUCCUGCAACCGCAGCAGAACCCGCAGGCCGCCGUUUUGUCGCCGCCGUCGUUGGCGCUCCAGAGCGCGGGGCCCAAACCGGCCGCCUCGGGCAAGCAAGGCAACGCUCUCCCUCUGUGGGGGAACGAAAAGACGAUGAACCUCAACCCCAUGAUCCUCACCAACAUCCUCUCGUCGCCUUACUUCAAGGUGCAGCUUUACGAGCUGAAGACCUACCACGAGGUGGUCGACGAGAUCUUCUUCAAGGUUACCCAUGUUGAGCCUUGGGAGAAGGGAAGCAGAAAAACUGCAGGUCAAACAGGGAUGUGCGGAGGGGUGCGAGGAGUUGGAACUGGAGGUAUAGUGUCUACAGCCUUUUGCCUCUUGUACAAGUUAUUUACUUUGAAGCUUACUCGUAAGCAAGUGAUGGGACUAAUAACUCAUAUAGAUUCCCCAUACAUUAGGGCCCUUGGAUUCAUGUAUAUUAGAUACACACAGCCUCCAAAAGAUUUAUGGGACUGGUUUGAAUCCUUUCUCGAUGAUGAGGAGGACCUUGAUGUGAAAGCAGGUGGUGGCUGCAUGAUGACCAUUGGAGAAAUGCUGCGCUCUUUUCUGACUAAGCUUGAAUGGUUCUCUACAUUAUUUCCAAGAAUUCCUGUCCCGGUGCAAAAGAACAUUGAUCAACAGAUUAAAGCCAGACCUAGAAAAAUCAAGAAGGAUGGCAAAGAGGGAGCAGAAGAAGCAGACAGGCAUACAGAGCGUAGACGUUCAAGGUCUCCAAGAAGAUCCUUGAGUCCUCGGAGGUCACCAAGAAGAUCAAGGAGCAGGAGUCAUCAUCGCGAAGGACGGGGCUCGUCCAGUUUUGACAGAGAAUUGGAAAGGGAAAGGGAGCGGCAAAGGUUGGAGCGUGAAGCUAAGGAGAGAGAGAGGGAAAGGAGACGGUCCCGGAGCUCUGAUCGCGCAUUGGAACGGAGGCGAAGCCGGGAAAGGCACAGAAGUCGAAGCCGGGAUCGGAAAGGAGACCGGAGGGAGAGAGAGAAGGAAAACGAAAGGAAUAAAAGGAAGGAGCGUGACCACGACAAAGAGAGGGGUAUUGAAAGAGAACGAGAUCGGUCUAGAGAGAGAGAUCAUUCUCGAGAAGAAUCAAAAGACAGAAAAGGUAAAAGCGAAGGAGAGGAAAGGAGGCACAAAGACAAGAAAGAUGAAAGGAAGCAUAAAGAUGAAAAAAGAGAUGCCAAAAAGGAGAGGAGGCACAGCCGGAGCCGGAGCAGGGAUCGUAAGCAUAGGAGCAGGAGCACGAGUAGAAACGCCAGUAAGCAUAGCAGAAGCAGGAGCAAAGACAAGUCGAGUAAACAUAAAAGUGGAAGUAAAGAGAAAUCAAACAAGCAGAGCAGAAGCCGGAGCAGAGGAAGAACUGAUAGCUGUGAAAAGUCUCGGAAACGAGACCGGAGUCCUAGUAAAGAAAGAUCACGGAAACGUAGCAAAAGCAAAGAACGUUCCCACAGAUACGACCACAGCGAUAAGGACCACUCAGAUAAACACGAUCAUCAGAGGAGCCAAAGUACAGAACAAGAGAAUCAAGAAAAACAAUCUAAAAACAAAGAUGAGACUGUAUAAAUAUUCAGAAAUGGAUCACAUUGAAUCCUAUAAAUGUUUUGAAAUCUUGCUUAUUUUUUCUUAAAAUUGAGAUUGUGCAGUAGUUGACGAGCACUCUUCUUCAACCUCCCUCUAGGCUGCAGAUUGUCAUUUCCUAUUUUGAGUAGGGAAGUGCCUUUGUAAUCCCAUUAAAAGUGUUGGCUAUUCCAGUCCAUUUGUUUAGUUAAUUUCAUGAUGCAAAUCUGUUUGUGCAUUUUUUUUUUUAAAAAAAUGUUCAACUGUUUCUGAAAUGUACAAUCUGUACAUAUGUCCUGAAACUGUUGUAAUUCCUUUGGCAUGGUUGCCAUGUUGGUUAAAUUUGUAUACGGCAAUAAAACUGCCACUAAUUCUACUUUGUUUUAUAGAUGUGGAAUUAUGGUUUCUAUCUUUGCAUUAGCAUGGCUGUGCUUUGCAUAAUAGUAUGGCAGAAGCUUUUAAGGAUGGGUCUUGAACAUGUAUUAUAUCUAAAAUAUUUAUGUGCAUUCAGCAUCCAUGGAGGUUGCAGUUCUAGAACUGUUGUCUUGGGAACACAUUUAAAAUACAUUUUAACUGUGAAACUCAAGAAUGUGUUAUAAUUAGAUUAGACUUUUCAAAGGAGGUAGCAAUUUAAGGCAGGGAUAUAGAUUUGGCUGAGUUUUAUGUAGUAGUCAAUGCUACCUCACAGGGACAUUUAAGAUCGAUAAUCCUAUGUACCAUAUCUACAUAUACUUUAUGGCUAGUGUUUAUUGUUCAUGUAAAGAUUCUUUCAAUACAAAUUACCUUAUGUUUUUCAUUUGUUACGUUAUGCCCUUGCCCUGUUAUUCAUGAAACAACCUUAGGCUAACAAAAGAUGUAUUGAGGGAGGCAGGAUGGCAAAAUAAGAUCAAAUACCAGACUUUUAAGUUUCAGACUGUCAGAUCUUUUUUUAUAAAUGAGACAUUUAAAAUAAAACAUUUUCAUAGUGUUCCUUCCGUAAUGCAUAAUGUUUUUUUAAUCAAAGAUUUGUGAUCAUUGCUUGAGCUGAAGAACUUUUCUCUAACAACAGGAACUAAAUUUUAAAACAUUUUAUUACCUGUGAGAUAAUGUCAAAAUGCCGAACUGAAAGAUAAAUCAUAUCACAAAAGUUCAUAUCUGUUUGGUAGAUUUGUUCUAGUGGCCUGUAUAAGAAAUAUCUGGAAUAAAGACUGGAUUAAUUUA